CGAACUAUGGCAGACGCCAGUGACCAAAAGAUCAAACACACUAACUUUAUAUAAAUUACCCAAUUGUCCAUGUAGAUGUGAAUGACAUUAUCUUUGAAUAUGAUUGUCAAUUUUAGAAAGUUAUUUCCUUCAUUUAGAAAGAUAUCUCAGUGUUCAAGAACAUUUAGUAAUGUGAAAAAUGAUUUAAAGACAGAAUAUGAUGCUAUUGUUGUUGGUGCAGGACACAAUGGACUUGUUACAGCUGCAUAUCUACAGAAAUCUGGCAAGAAUGUGUGUGUAUUAGAAAGGAGACAUGUGAUUGGUGGAGCUGCUGUCACAGAGGAAAUUGUCCCAGGUUUUAAAUUUUCCAGAGCAUCUUAUGUGCUGAGUUUGUUGAGACCACAAAUAAUAACAGAUUUAGAGUUGAAGAAAUAUGGACUAAAGGUUUACCUGAGAGAUCCUAAUUCCUAUACACCUCUUAUAAAACCUGGUGGAUUAGAUGGGAAAGCUAGAUCGCUUCUUCUUGGAAGAGAUGGAGAAGAAAAUGCCAGACAGAUAGCACAGUUCUCUAAAAAGGAUUCAGAAAUGUUUGUAAAAUAUGAACAUAUGUUAGAGAGAAUUGUAGCUGCCAUUGAGCCUUUGUUAGACUCUAAUCCAGUAUAUUUACCCCAUGUCCUGGCGUCUGCUACAUUUAAAGAAAAAUUGUCACAGUUGCCAUCAUUGAAGUCACUGCUCCAAUCAGUACCUUCUGAAGAAAACGAUGUGUCGGCAUUUACAGAAUUGAUGACAGCACCAACAACAAAGAUUUUAGAUAAAUGGUUUGAAUCUGAGCCACUUAAGGCAACAUUAGCUACAGACUCUGUAAUUGGUGCAAUGAUUAGUCCAAAAACACCUGGAAGUGGAUAUGUAUUGUUACAUCAUGUUAUGGGAGAAUUAGAAGGAAUAAAAGGAGCUUGGGGCUAUGUAGAAGGAGGAAUGGGAUCAGUAUCGCAGGCCAUUGCUAACUGUGCUACAGACUAUGGAGCAUCAGUCUUCACCAAUAAAGCUGUGUCUAGCAUUAUUGUAGAAAACAAUGAAGCAAGAGGAGUGGUAUUGGAGGAUGGAACAGAAAUCAAAGCAAAAGCUGUUUUGUCAAAUGCCACACCCAAAGUCACCUUUUUAGACUUAUUACCACAGGGCAGCUUACCACAGGAUGUAGAAUUAGACUUGAGAAGUAUCUCUUAUGAAUCACCAGUCACAAAAAUAAAUGUUGCAGUAAAUGAGCUUCCUAACUUCCUGGCAGAUCCUAACAAACAGAAAGGGGAGAUAAUGCCACAUCAUCGAGCUACAAUACAUCUUAACUGUGAACAUUCAGACUUGAUCCAUGAUGGCUAUUUAGAUGCUCAACGAGGAAAAUUUUCAAAGAGUCCAAUGAUAGAAAUGGUGAUACCAAGUAGUUUAGAUCCAACUAUAGCACCACCAGGCAGCCAUGUUUGUUUACUGUUUACACAAUACACACCAUAUGAGUUACGUGACGGUCAGUGGGAUGAUGCUACCAGGAAUAUGUAUGCUGAUACAGUGUUUGACAUCAUUGAAUCUUAUGCUCCUGGUUUUAAGAACAGUGUAGUAGGAAGAGAUAUACUAACACCACCUGAUCUAGAGAAAAUAUUCGGUUUAACAGGAGGGAAUAUAUUUCAUGGAUCCAUGUCACUUGAUCAGUUAUACACCUCUCGUCCAAUCACAAAGCUGAGUAAUUAUAAAUGUCCAAUCAAAGGCUUGUAUCUCUGUGGAUCUGGUGCACAUCCAGGUGGUGGUGUAAUGGGUGUCCCUGGUAGACAAGCAGCACAGGUGGCUUUAAAAGAUCUUAAAUAACGCAGAUGGAAAAUAGAAAUCUGAUUUAUGUUAGUAUACGUGAUAUUGAUGUCCGCCUUUGAACAUUAAAAAUCAUAAAUGUAGUCAUGAAAAUUAUACAGUACUCAGAUUGUUGCACCAUAAACCAUGCAUGUGUUAACCAAAUUUUAAAUAUUAUGUUUAAAAAAUGUGCCAGGUGUGAACACUGAAGUUGGUAGGGUCAAGUUAAGAUAAAUGUUAGGUUAAAUCUAUUGAAUGAAGCUGUUUUACCUAACCAAUAAGUAUCCCAUCUAACAGUGUAAAAUCAAAUUUAUAUUGAGCCAACUGAUCAUAAAAAUUGGUUAAUGCAUUUAUGGUUUAUAGUGUAAUAAAUUAGCUAAUAAGUUGUGAAAAAAAUCAAAAAAAAUCUUAACAUUCCUUUGAAAAGAUUAUUUAAAUAUUUACUUUAAGAUAUUUCUAUACAAUAUACAUUUUUACUUGUGUAAAGUUUUUAAAUUAGAAAAUUAUGUAUACAUGUAUUAACAUUAUUGCAAUUUACAUAUUGAAAUCCAUAUUGUUCUUGUAUAACAUGUUUGUACCUCAUGUUUAAAAUUUCAAUAUGUUGACUCCAUUGACUCAUAUACAGCAGUAUAAUGUGUUUAAAGUCUGAGUCGGUCAGAAUUGUUUAGUACAAAUGUAUGAAAUUGUCUUUUGAUUUUGUCAACUUAUUAUCUCACUUCAAUGCUUUUACUUCAACAUGCAAUUAUCUUCUCUUGAAAGUAUCAUUUAUUGUGAACUUGUCAGCAUCUUGAUAUUAAUAAAAUAGUGUUAAAUAAACAAACAAACAUAAACCUCAAUUUGAAACACCCAAUAUAUGUAUUAUUUUUAAUGAGUAUUUUUCAUUUAUACACAUAUUGCUGUAUAGGUCACUAAUUGAUCGUUUUGCUUGCUAAGUCUUUGUCUUUUUGUUUUGCUUCUUUCUUUUAUGUUUUUCUUAAUCCUAUGAAUGCACUAUAAAGCCAAUUUCUAGAGUUUCAUUCCUUUAGUUGCAAUGUAAGUAUAUUGAUAGAUUCUUUCUUGCAUACUGUUAAACUAAAACACUGUUAAUUCCAAGAAAUACACUUUCACCAUCUGGAAUGGUAUUUUUGUUAUAUUUCAUAUUUUCCAGUUGGUAUUGACUUAUUUACAAUUGAUAUAUUUUUAUAGCAUGUUUUAAGCUUAAAAUAAAAAGUUUGGCCAGUACAAUCAUAAAAUAUCACAAGGUCUAUUUUAAAAAUGGUUAGUGAAAAAAGCAUUAUUCUGUCACAAGUCAUGUAUUUAUUGACAAUCACAACAUUUGUACACAAUAACUGUGAUUAUAAUUUAUUUAUUAAAAAUAUUUUAACAAA